AUGGCGGGCGCCCUGACGGAGGUGCUGGGCGAGGUGCUGGUAGCCGGGGACGGGGAGGAGGUGGCCGUGUCGGCGUUGGCCGCUCGCGGGGUCUCGUUGGUGGGGCUUUACUUCGGUUGUAGCGUCGGCGGCCCCUGCGCUCAGCUCGGCGCCAGCCUGGCCGCUUUUUACGGGCGCUUUAGAGGGGAGGCGGCGGCGGCCGGCGGGCAGCGCCUCGAGAUCGUCUUCGUGUCGGCCGAGCAGGAGCAGCAGCAGUGGCAGGAGGCCGUGCGGGCCAUGCCCUGGCUGGCGCUGCCCUUCGCCGACAAGCACCGCAAGCUGAAGCUGUGGAACAAGUACAGAGUCUCCAACAUUCCUUCCCUGAUAUUUAUCGAUGCCUCCACUGGGAAGGUGGUUUGCAGGAACGGCCUCCUGGUAAUCCGAGAUGACCCAGAAGGUCUGGAGUUCCCCUGGGGGCCAAAACCCUUUAGUGAAGUUGUUGCUGGGCCUCUGCUAAGGAACAACGGCCAGACACUAGACAGCAAUGCCCUGGAGGGCUCGCACGUUGGGGUCUAUUUCUCUGCACACUGGUGCCCGCCGUGCCGAAGCCUCACAAGGGUCCUGGUGGAGUCCUACCGGAAGAUCAAGGAGGCAGGCCAGAAGUUUGAAAUACUCUUCGUUAGUGCAGACAGGUCAGAGGACUCCUUCAAGCAAUAUUUCAGUGAGAUGCCCUGGGUAGCUGUGCCGUACGCCGACGAGGCCAGACGGUCGCGCCUGAAUCGCCUCUAUGGCAUACAAGGCAUCCCGACUCUCAUCGUCCUGGACUCCAAGGGAGACGUGAUCACGCGGCAGGGACGAGUGGAGGUGCUGAAUGAUGUCGAAUGCCGCGAGUUCCCCUGGCACCCCAAGCCUGUGCUGGAGCUGACGGACUCCAACGCUGUGCAGCUGAAUGAGGGCCCCUGCCUCGUUCUCUUUGUAGAUUCAGAGGAUGACGGAGAGUCGGAGGCAGCAAAACAACUGAUUCAGCCCAUAGCUGAAAAAAUCAUCGCCAAGUACAAAGCCAAAGAGGAGGAGGCACCGUUGCUCUUCUUCGUGGCGGGCGAGGACGACAUGACCGACUCCCUGCGGGAUUACACCAACCUGCCCGAGGCUGCGCCCUUGCUUACCAUCCUGGACAUGUCAGCCCGGGCCAAGUAUGUGAUGGAUGUGGAGGAGAUCACACCUGAGAUCGUGGAAGCCUUUGUCAGCGACUUUCUAGCAGACAAGCUAAAACCCGAGCCCAUCUAAGGGAGCUUCUGCACCAACGGACGUUAUUUAAAACUAGGUCUCUCUUCCGCCGCUCGUGGAUUCUCCAGCGUGUCUUCACGCCCGACCCAGUAUCCAACCUUCUUGUGGUGCCUUGUUUUACGCAGUGAAUCCUUCUCCUAAGCAAACUCCUUGAGAUGCACUUUCAGCAGGGAGUCGUUGGCGUUUGGAGACUUCGCUUGUGCUUCAUGGUGAUAUACUCUCUAAUAACCAGGCCAGAACUGUUACCGUAUUGUUAUUUUAUACACGGCACUAGCUAGCAGGCAAAUCUUUUUGCAUGGUGUUCUUCCCAACGUAUGCAUCAAGCAGUGGAUGGGGUUCUUGGGGCUAUUUUCUUCUCCUUCUCCCCCUUUUUUCCUUUCCUACCACCCCUGCUGACUAAAUGACUUCAAGGAAGCAAUAAGGAAACUGUCCCAUUUGCCCCAUGCCCAUCUUCCUUUCCCACCCGAGUACCAGUGCCCUGACGAGGCCAAGACAAAGUCUUAACUGCUGACAACCUCUGAAAGA